GAGCUUUAUUACAUUCCAUAUAAAUAUAUAAAUGGAAAUAAACUGUUGGUAAAAGGAAAAUUAAUCACAAAAUACUAUUCUAUACGAAAAGAAUUUAAAGCUCUUGGUAUUAUUGCAUCUAAAAGUAAGGAUCAAUCAGAUUCUCAAGAUGAUUUAGUAGCAGAUGAUGAUCUGCAAGGAAAACUUGCUUUUCUUAAGGAAAAUGUAGAACCAUGGCCUACAAUAAUAGAUUAUUGGACAGAUACGUCAAAACAAAGAAUUGCACAAUUGCAUGCUAAAUCUCGACUUACAAAUAAAGAAAAUGACAAAAGAAAUAUUAAUAAAAGUAAGACUAACAGAGUAAUUCUACAAACUACUACACUAAUUCAAGAAAAGAAAGAGCUGGAAAAUAUUUCAACUUAUUUAAAAAAAUAUCCAGUUCUUCAAGAAAAACUUGGAUACACUUUGUUUGAAAUAGAUUUUGAUUUACUAUAUCCCGAACAAAAACUAAAGGCCUAUAAUUCUUAUUCGGAGUUUUGCAAUCGUAUUAUACAAGCGCUAAACAAUGAAGACAAUAAAUGUGAGACCGUUAAAGAUAAUUGUCUACUUUUUGCAAAUGAUGAGAUUUCAGAAGAUAGCAAAAAUUUAGUGGCAUUAUUGUCACUUUGUUAUUUAGAUACUGUCGUAACAGUUGCGCGUAAAUCCGGUCCGGUACAUGGAGGCUACCUCAUAGAGAAAUUCAAGAGGGCGUAAUUUCCCAAAUUGAAAGUGUUCAAAAACUUCAAACGUUUAUUCAAGAAA